GCCGCAUCUCCUUCUCUCAACUCCACUUCAUUUGGCUCAUCCUCUUUUUCACACAAUUCUGUGCUCUCGUUUCCUCCAAUGCUGCCUAAGAGUGUGUCGCUACAAGUGGGUUUAUGGUAUCGUAAUCAUUUCCACCACCGGUACCAGAUGCCGUUUGCAGAACUCAAGACCUACAUUCUGCCCCCCCCUUUUUUUUCCUACCCACUUGUCAAGUCACCGCUGCUAAACAUCACAGCUGCCACACCAUUUUAG